UAUUUUUAAAAAAUCACUUAUUUCAUAUAAUUUGAAGUCCUUAGGGUUAUGGAAAAAUUGUGGAUUAUUGAAUGGACUCGUAACAUAUAUGACUAUCUGCUUAUUUAGUUAAUACACUGUUUUUUAUUCAGUUCUGUCAUACCUGGUGAACUCUCACUUGUGGGAAGCAAUCUCCAUACUUGAGUGAGAGCUAGAGAGGAGACCAGAUAAAUGCAAAACCAUCACCAUGGGAUGGCAUGCUGGUUCUUACUUUUUUUUUUUUUUUUCAUACAAAAGUAUUUCAAUUGUGUAACUGCCUUGAGUAUGUACACUAUAAGAACUGGUGAUUUUCCCUAAUGUAUGAGAGAACAUUACAUUAUGAAUUACAGUCAGCCUUCCAGUCUAUCCCCAGAGGAUAUUACAGUGUCGACUGUUGGCCAUGGAAAGCUGCUUUGCAGACGAUAGGAGAGAACCAAGGCCAGAACCCCUAUACUGAACUGCUGGUACUGAAGGCUCAUCGUGACAUUGUCCGCUUCCUGGUGAGGCUGGAUGACUUUAGGUUUGCAUCUGCUGGCGAUGAUGGAAUUAUAGUUGUGUGGAAUGCCCAGACAGGAGAGAAACUUCUGGAACUCAGAGGACACACUCAGAAGAUAACGGCCAUCAUUGCAUUUCCUCCCCUAGACUCGUGUGAGGCCAGCAGUCAGCUUCUCUUGACAGCCUCUGCUGACCGGACUGUCGGUGUUUGGGAUUGCGACACCGGCCAGCAAAUCCAGAGAGUCACAUGCUUCCAGUCUACUGUGAAGUGCUUGGCCGUUCUUCAGAGACUGGACCUUUGGCUGUCAGGUGGUAGUGACCUAGGCGUGUGGAACCGGAAAUUAGAUCUGCUGUGUAAGACCAGCCACCUUUCCGACACAGGCGUCAGUGCUUUGGUUGAAAUCCCUGGGAAUUGUGUGGCCGCAGCAGUGGGCAGAGAACUGAUAAUUUUUAGACUUGUGACACCCACAGAAGAAUUGCCGGAAUGGGAUAUUAUUGAAGUUAAACGCUUUCUUGAUCACCAGGACAAUAUUCUGUCAUUGGCUAACAUCAAUGAUACAGGUUUCGUUAGUGGCUCCCAUGUUGGCGAGCUGCUCAUCUGGGAUGCCCUGGACUGGACUGUGCAGGCCUGUGAGCGCACCUUUUGGAGCCCGACCCCACAGCUGGAUGCCCAGCAGGAAAUAAAGCUCUGCCAAAAGCAAAAUGAUAUUUCUAUUAAUCAUUUCACAUGCGAUGAAGAGAAUAUAUUUGCUGCAGUUGGAAGGGGGUUAUAUGUGUAUAACCUACAGUUGAAGCGUGUGAUUGCCUGCCAGAAAACUGCACAUGAUUCCAACAUCCUGCACAUCGAUAAACUUCCAAACAGGCAGUUAAUCUCAUGCUCAGAAGAUGGCGCUGUGCGCAUGUGGGAGGUCCGAGAAAAACAGCCGCUGGCCGCUGAGCCAGUCCCAACAGGCUUUUUUAAUAUGUGGGGAUUUGGAAGAGUAAACAAACAGGCCAGCCAGCCUGUUAAAAAGCAGGAAGAAAACGCUACCACGUGUUCCCUGGAGCUCAUCGGAGAUCUGAUCGGACACUCAUCAUCCGUCGAGAUGUUUCUAUACUUUGAGGAUCAUGGACUAGUGACGUGCUCUGCAGAUCAUCUCAUUAUUUUGUGGAAAAAUGGAGAGCGAGAAUCUGGAUUACGCAGCUUAAAGUUAUUUCAGAAGUUAGAAGAGAAUGGCGACUUAUACCCAGAGUCCACUUGAAGGAGUGGACAUGUGUGGACAUGUGUGGACAUGUGUGGACAUGUGUGCAGACGAGAACCCUGCACAGCCAAUGCAAUGUGCCCAGGACCCUGAAAAACAUCAACACCCUGAUCCCUUACUGUACUGUUUUCUUGCCUGUGAAGGUCUGUCUACCUGUCUGUCUGUCAGCAACAUCUGUCCACCCAAGAACAUAGCACAACAUGGCCUUGUUGCUGUACAAAUGGUGGGUGCUGUGUUCUGUCUCGUAAAACAGUAGAAAAAAAUGAUAACUGUAAAGUUGCCACACAUUAUUUACAAGUGUUCUUUUGGGUUUCCUUAGAGACUGUCUGAGACUUGUCAUGGGAGAUCUAUCCUUUCUGCGGCAAAUUCUCCUGCUCCUUGGAAGCUACCGGUGUCCAACAGAACCAAACUUGAAUAUUAGCCCCCCCUAAAAAGGAAUUCUAUUCUUUAAGUACAAUGAUUUUGUUUGGUACCAACUAAUUUAAGUCAUUGAAAAAAACUAUUUACUCAUGCCCACUAAAAUCCCCUUGUUCUCCGGUCCCAGGCAUCAUCUGAGCAUUUUGUUCUCAGUGUGAACUGGCCUGACCCCUGACUGGCAGAAACAGUCUUCGGGUGUUCUUGGAUGCGUCCUGGGUUAGGAAGGAGGCACGGCUUGUUCUCAGGUCAGGAACUGUAGCUGAAUUGUCCUGUCCGCUUGCCUUAAAUGGUUGAGAACAGCUUCACUCUUCAGCUCUCUUAACAUCCACUAAGACUGGAUCGUGCUCCUCGCCCUACCAGUCUGAUGAUAGUACUCUCACUUUUGGCACUAAAAUGUAAAAUAUACUCCACACAGUAAGAAUAGGGGGAGGGUUGCCCUUGAACUGCUGAUUAAGAAAUCUUAUUAAAGACAGGCAAGAUGAGUGUAUGUCUACAGAUUUGGGUGUGCACACACAUACUAUGCUCCCUACAUGGACGCUCUAAAUUCUUGCUUUUGCUAGUUCUAACAUUCACAGCUGCCUACAGUCAAAGCUUGGUAGCGUUAAAAUCAUAGGGAGAUGAGUGGCAAAAAUGUUAGAAAUGAGGAACCCAAGGCCUUGGGAGGUAAGCUCUCUCUCCAGCGCCCAUCACCAUCACUGAACAGCCUUAAACGCAGAGACCAGGGGAGGAGAGUGAGAAGGGCUGAGCGGAUGACCUGGUGACCAUGUUAGGAAAACCAAGAGUGUUCCCAGUCCUUGCUGGUGGCGCAGUUCACAGUGAAAAUAGCUUUAUAUAAAAAGAUAGCAUUACAGCAUGAGCUGCCUUAGUUAGGACAUAGCAGGAUGCAAAUGGGAAAAUCAAAGUGUCUUUUAGCCAGCAAACCAUUGUUAUUCGAGGAGUCAGCACAGGAGGCAGUUUGUCAUCAUCCACCCUGCAGAUAUCAUGGGGGAAGCACCCACCAGCCAGGCAGACGCACCAUCCGCUCAAAGUGACACCGUCCACUCAAAGUGACAGGAGUGCAUCCAUUUGCUGUUUACUUUGGCUAAUUUGUUUUAGGCUAUUGGUUUGUAAAGAUGUUUUCUUAAAUAAUAUAAGACAAAGAAUUCAUACUGUGUGGGUUUGGUUUUUUUUUAAAGUGCUUCUUAACCCGUUUUAGAUUUGUGAUUUGUGGUAGUAAUCUAUUCAAAUGGAAUGGCAGAAGCCAUGCUUGAGUCUUAGUAGCAGACAAGGCCCUAGUCAAGCAGCCAGCUGAGUAGUUUCCCACCACAAGAACAAGGCUGCUCAGAGGGCAGCCUCCAGCCCAGUGAGAGACCUGGUGUGAGUGACCGAGGUCAGAGAGACUGAGGGGGAUGGGCGACUGUGGCUAGGACUGGUGCCUGCACUGUUCAGUAGUCCUAUGUAGACUGCUCCUGGGACUUGAACUUGCAAUUUAGAGGAAGAGAAUGAGAGCUGAGGUCAGCAAAUAUUACAUGCAUGUGGUCUCUUCUCAUCCACUCCUCUGUCAGCACUGGAACACUGGAGUGUGUACCUUGUUGCUUUGAGCUGGGUCUCUGGGUGCAUUUGUACAACACGGCUUUGUCCGCUGCUCAAGCUGAAGGGGGUCCAAUCGUAUUGGUAUACCUGACCUUUGCUGGGGAGGGUAGCCACCCCUGACUGAAGAGUGCCUGAAACCGCAAGACCAUUCUGGUCCAUAUAACAGUAUUUUAAAACUAACUUCCCUCUAUGGGACAGUAGUAACAUGCCUUUUCUUGCCUUUAUGUUUUCCUAAGUUAAUAUAGGUCCUCUCAACAUGUGGUGUCAUAGUAAACACAAGCAAGAGGCACUUACAAUAGUUUCUAUGUGUCAUAUAGAAAUUAUCUGAGGUGCAUGAACAUUACCUGGAAGUCCAUGAUUCCAAUAAAUUGGAAGAAUAUGCCACUUAGCAACUCAGAAGAUCUCUGGAAUUUACACUGACAGGAGCAGGUUUUACCUAAGCUUCAGCACCCGGAUGUCCAGAGCAUUCAACAUCCACAUUUGAAGUUAACGUGAAAUUGAUUCAGCGUUAACACCGAGCAAGCUGUAGUGUUUUAUAUAGGAAAUGUCAGGCACCUGAUAAAUGUUCCUAGACUGCCCGUGGAUGGGGCUGGUUUCCGAAGCCUAGGGAGAUUGUCUUUGUCUCUGAGGUCUUGCCACUCUGACUCCAGUGUUCCGAAACAAAGUUGGAGACUCGUGAAAUAAAAGACACUAAAACCCCAAAUUUGAAACUGUGAAAAGUUUAGGCCAAAGAGAUAAAAUAAAAACAGCUGUUGGGAAUGAAAAAUGGCUGUAAGAAUUUAGUUACAAGUACUUCACAAAAACAUUUCAUCACAUGUAGGUAACGCAGCAGUACAAUAGAAAGCCGUCUCCUGUCCUGACCAAGCAAACCCUCUCACCAUCUAACAAAAAUAAUUUAAAUGCAUUUCUUUGCGUGGAAUUGUCAUAUAUGUUUAAACUUUGGUACAAAACAUAGAAAAAAACCAUUGGCACAUUACAUAGCGAUAAGUUGUCUCUUCCCCAUGUACUGAUUUCCACAUACU